CCAAAGACUCGAUCCGAUUUCCGGAGAAUUUCGAGUGUGAGAGCGAAGGAAGGCGCAAUGGGGAUGUCGAGCAUAGCCUUAUUUAUGAUCUCGGCCAUGGCUCUUGCCAUUGUCCCUAUCAGCCAUGCCCAGAACUCCCCACAAGACUUCAUCAAUCCCCACAACGCUGCCCGUGCUGCUGUUGGCGUCGGGCCGGUGUCAUGGAACGCUACCGUCGCGGCCUAUGCGCAGGACUACGCCAACAAGAGAAAAGCCGACUGCGAGCUCGUCCACUCCAAUGGCCCCUACGGCGAGAACAUCUUCUGGGGCGGCGGCCCAGGAUGGACGGCGGCCGACGCCGUGAACGACUGGGUUUCGGAGAAGCAAUACUAUGACUACGCAAGCAACAGUUGUGCCCCAUCGCAGGUCUGUGGGCACUACACUCAGGUAGUGUGGGCCAAAUCGGUUUACAUUGGUUGCGCUCGCGUGACAUGCGAUAAUGGCGAUACCUUCAUCACAUGCAACUAUGAUCCCCCCGGCAACUACGUGGGGGAGCGCCCCUAUUAGUCUUAAACUUGCGCUGAAUUGUUAGUAAGAUGAAGGCUUGUGUUUUCUAAGCUCUGAAGUCUGCCGAACUUAAACAUUCAGGGUUAAUAAAAAGAGGCUUGUGUUUCAUUAA